AUGACGCUCGACACUCGCAGUCACAUGCUGCAGCAGCAGCAGCACCACCACCACCAUCAGCUCAGGCACCUCAACGUGCACCACUCUAAACCUCAGCGCGUCGUGAAACGCCAGUCGGCUUCCACCAUUGACAACUCGGCCAAAUGCCUUGCUGGUGGUCUCUACGUCACCCCUUCCAGCGGUCAGGAGAUCCAGGUCACCAACGUCACCGACAUUCGUUGGGAUCAGUCGUGUCUCGACAACACGGUCUCCAAAAUCGACAUCUACGUCUACUCUCCCUCGAUGCCCAACCAGUACCUCCCCAUCCACGUCUUCCAGGGCAUCCCCAAGUCUCAGCAGCUCUACGAGACCAAGCUUGACCCUCGAUGGUGGGGUCGCGACCUGAGCCACAACUCGUCGGUUCCAGUUUCGUUCAACAUUGUCCCCUCGGGAAACGAGCCUUGGGACUCGUCCAACCCCAUGGGCCCCACCUUUAACGCCAUCUACGACGUCCCCAACCAGGGAGCCUCCAAGGCUGAGUCGUUCUUUGGCAAGCUUUCCAACUCGGUCAAGACGGCUUUCCUCGAGAACGGCCACCUUACCCCAGCAGGUAAGACCGCCGCCAUUGUCUGCCCUCUCGUCGUGUUGGCUGUCGUGCUCGGUCUGGUCAUCCGCCGUCUGCACAUCAAGCGUCACAACAAGACCGUCGACUGGGCCGAGCACAUGGACAAGCGCAUGAGCAGGAUCUCGGUCGACUGGACUUCGGGAGGUGACGGUUCCGCCGGUCCCGUUCCUGGUACUCGCCCCGCCUCGUUCCUUUCGCGCCCUUCGCGAGAGCUGGAUGUUAACGGAAACUUUGCCGGACGUGGCGCUGGUGCGCGCCUGCCCCGACAGAUGGAAGACAUUACGCCUGUUUUCGCCACCGAAGACGAGAUGCGCGAGGCCAUGCCCCGCGGACUCUCGAUGUACGAAGAGGGCAAUCGCACCUCGCGCAUCUCGUUCGCCGACACUACCCGCGGCGACCGUGUCUCGCGGAUCAGCUACGCCAACUCGAGCGAUGCGCAUGGUCGAUCGUCGUCGCAUCUGCCUCGCGUUGGUCAGCAGAGCAACGCGCGCCGUUCGCAGCUCGUCGACUCGUACUAUGACCCUGAUGCACCUGCCGUGCCCCACCUCGACGCCCGUUACCGUGCUAGCCAGGAUGCUGCGCGUCGUUCAUCGCGCUUCUCGGAUGGACUUGUUUAUGCCGAGACGGAUGAGGACGACGAGGUGCUCAUGAGUCCCACGCAAAAUGAUGGUCCUCGCGCUCUUGGCACUGGCGAUGUGGACCGCAUGCGACAAAGCCUCGACGCCAACGCACGCAACUCGAUGCUCGCCUACCCGGCAUUGAGCAUGGUUCAGUCGGGUCGGGAGGGUAGCGAUGGCAACAACAUGUUUGACGGUCCCACGCAGGUCUCGAAAGGCAGCCAGGAUGCGUACAUCAACCACGAGCACUACGCUGAGACUGGCAAGGGAGGUGUAUCGGCACAGACGGGCAUGGCACCUCCGUCGAACUUUGCAUCGCCAGACGAGGCGAUGAAGCACUAUGCUUCGCUUCGCGCCAACGCCAACGCCAACGCCAACUCGAACUCGAACUCGGCAAUGACGGAUGGGAGCGCCCCAAGCUCGAGGUCGCUUUACACGCCGAAUGGUGCUCACAUGUCGGUCGCUGGCUCCUCGUUGAACGAGGAGGAGGUGGUCGGCUACAAUGAGAUGAUUGACCAUGGCAACCAGUCUCGUUAA